AUGUCUGACAACGUUGGUCUCAACACCCCCCGAGGCAGUGGCACCUCGGGCUAUGUCCAGCGCAACCUUGCUCACAUUAAGCCCCGGGACUACGGCGCCCCUUAUCCCAAGGACCUCGAUAGCUUGAGACAUAAGCAACGGCAACCAGACAAGGGAAUCCUAGAACAUGACCGCAAGCGCGAGGUCGAGGUUAAGGUCUUUGAUCUCAGAGACAAGCUCGAGGAGGAAGAGGUUGAUGAAGAUGAGAUUGACAGACGAUGUGAUGAGCUUCGUCAGAAAUUGCUUGCCGAAAUGAACUCAGGGAGACGGGGAGGCCCCAAGAAGUCAUUCAAGCAGCACCAGGUUCACGAGAUGGCCGAUGCCAAGAUCAAGGAGAGCGAGCGACUACGGAAAGCAUUAAAGAUUAGUGCUGACUACGAGGAGGGCGGUCACUGGAAGCGACAAGAAGAGAGACUACGCAGCGCCUUGGAGAAGGAGGACAAUGAGGAGGAAGAGAAAGUGAAAGCGAGCCCACCCAGGGACUAA